GAAUAACAUGUUCCAUUUCCAUGUGAAAAGUUACAACCUUUACAACAUUUAGCAAACUUUGAGAGAAAGAGAGAGAGAGAGAGAAACUCUUUUAUCAAUACCCUUCUUCUGAAUUUCAUCUGAUUUCAAUCAUUGCAGCAGGGAACAUCACUCAAGAUUCUGCAUCUUGUUUUGGCAUUGAAUGUGAUUGAGAGGACUCAAUACUUGAAGCUGAUACUAUGGCUGGGAAGCAAAAUGAGUUAGAGAUUAAGUUCCGAUUGAGCGAUGGAUCGGAUAUUGGCCCGAAAAGUUAUUCUGCUGCUACUAGUAUUGCAACACUCAAAGAAAGUAUUCUUACUCAGUGGCCAAAAGACAAAGAGUAUGGACCAAGAACUGUUAAAGAUGUGAAGUUGAUUUGUGCUGGAAAAAUAUUGGAGAACAAUAAAACAGUAGAGGAAUGUCAAAGUCCAUUGUGCAAUCUUCCUGGUGGAGUUACAACAAUGCUUGUGGUGGUUCAACCACCAAAUUCAGAAAAAGAUAAGAAAAAAGGAGCAAGUGAAGCAAAGCAAAGCAAAUGUGUUUGUGUUAUAUUAUAAGAAUGAUGAAUAAAAGCUGUCAUCUUUUUUUCUUGGUUAAAAGUAACAUUAAUAUUCAUUUUUAUAAUAAAGUAUGGCUUUCAAAUGUUUCAGCAUACAUAAGUUCUUUGGUUGUAAGCCUUACUAUUACAAUAGGUAAAAAGUUUUUGAGCUUGUGAAGAUUGUCAACUCAAGUCAGUUUCUUGUUGAUUUUCAGUUUACA